AUGUGGGCAUAUAGUACCUGUGGGAUCGAAAGGCACUGACGAACUCGAUCAAGAAGGAGUAGUCCUAUCAUAUAAUUGCUGAUUCAGUGAUUCGAUUCCGUCGAGACUCGAGAGGGAGGCGAAGCAUGGGGCGUCGUCGUCUUCUGUUGAGCGAUCUACUGCUGCUGCUGCUCAUCGCCAUCGCGGUGGCAGGGGCAGCGGCGGCGAUCGCGAUCCCAAGAGCGGCGCCGGCGUUCGGAGUUGAAACUGGGUGGCCGCCGGAGCACUGCUUGCGCUGCUUCGCUCCACCGGAUGCCCCCUUCGUCCUGGGCGCCGCCGCGGCCAUCCAUCUCGGCAACACCAACUCCUGCAUCGCCGGCUACGACGACGACGACGCUCCCCUGGGGGCCAAGCGUAGCUACUACCAGUUCUGCAUCCCCUCCUGGGUAGCCCUCGCACACGACAAUGGCACCGUCAUCUCCGGCGAGGCCGCUAUGAACCGCGCCGCCCUCAGCCCCUCCACAGCUGUCUCCGCCUUCAUGCGCCUCCUACACAGAAGGGUGGAGGACGAUGUGGUGAAGAGAGAGAUAGAGCUUGUGCCGUACAAGUUUACCAAGAUGCUGGGAUGGGUCUCCGUCCAACUAGACACAGAUGCUGAAUUCUCUGUCGACCAUCUCGCCGGCAUCCUCAUCUCCCACCUCAAGCACACGGCGGAGGCGCACCUGGGCCGCCACAUCAACAAUGCUGUCAUCACCCUACCCAGUCGACUCAGCUACUCCGCCGAUGGCAGGCAGGUCCUCAGCUCGGCGGCGAAGGAGUACAGCGGCUUCAGGGCCGUCAAGGUCGUCGACGAGCACAUCGCGGCGGCCGCGGCGUAUGGGCACCACACCAAGCAGGGUGACCGCAAGGCCAUCCUUGUCUUCCAUCUCGGCGGCCGCACCUCCCACGCAACCAUCUUCAAGUUCGUCGACGGCACGGCUCGCCUCAUCGCGACGCGAGCUCAUCAUUUCCUCGGAGGUGACGAUUUCACGGCGAGGAUCGUGGACCACAUGGUGGAGCACAUCAAGGAGCAGCAUGGCAGGGACGUACGGCAGGAGGAGAAGGCAAUGGUGAGGCUAAGGGUGGCGUGCGAGCACGCCAAGAAGGCACUGAGCGAGCAACAAGAGACCCUGGUGCAGAUGGACUCGCUUCUGGACGACGGCGCGGUCUUCUCCGCGACGCUGACGCGGGCCAAGUUCGAGGAGCUCAACCACGACCUGUUGGACAGAGCCAUGGCGCUGGUGAAGGAGGUGGUGGUGACGACGGGAGGAGUGGAGGUGGUGGACGAGGUUCUUGUCGUCGGCGGCAGCGCGAGGAUUCCCAAGGUUCGUCAGCUCGUCAAGGACUACUUCAAUGGCAACGGCAAUGGCACGCACCCAAACAGUCGCGGUUGCAAGGGGCCGGUGGAUGUGGAACCAGAGGAUGCCGUGCUUCAUGGCGCCGCGCUUCUUUCCCGUCCUCUACCUGUUGCAGAGGGAACAGCAGCAGCUCGGUCCAUCGGUUCCGUCGGAGGCAUCUGAUCUCUCUCGUGUAGCUUAUGCUUUGGCUACGACGAUGAACCAAGGUGGGUGCGCUUCAGGUUGGAGCUUACAGUGAGUGUGGGUCAUUCUUGCCUUCUGGAGUCGUUUUACUAGUUGUAACAUGUAGCACUAACCACUAAAUAAUUGUUCAUUUCCCUGUGAAAUUCUGAAUGAGACACCUCCUUUUGUCAAGUCAA